AUGAACGGCAACGCGACCACGCAGCAGAGCGCGGACGAGGUCUGGAGCGCGCAAGCGGAGGCCGAACUGUUCGAUGGGCUGGAGCGGUACCCGCCCGUUGGGGCCUGCAAGUAUUUCAACGUGGCCAGUCUGGCCGCGCUCCUCCGCCGCAACGCCCACCUCCACGUCUCCCCGGCCGCCCUGUGGCGCCGCCUCGGCUCCCUCUACAACCUCCCUCGCCUCGAAGAGGAGGAGAGCCAGGAGUUCCGGGCGGUCGUCAAGUUCAAGCCACCGCCGCCGGACGAGGAUGGCGACAGCAAGGAAGAGGAAGAGGAGGAGGAGGAGGUGACGCCGGCUGGAGAAGAAGACGACGACAGAGAGGUGGUGAGUUCAGGUGAAGAGGAGGGCACGGCGCCUCCGAGGGCGGGGCGCGCUCGAGGCCACGCCAAGGCUGACGAGAAGGAGGAAGAAGGGGAAGAGGAGGAGGAGGGUGGCAGUGAUGAUGCCGAUGCUGAUGCUCGGCCUGCCAAGCGUGCCAGGGUCGACCGCGCAGUGCCAGCCCGUGGUGGCGUGCAGCGCCAGGCCCGCAACCAGCGAGACGACAGCGACGAUGAAGAAAAAGAUGAUGAAGAGGAGGAAGCAGAUGAAGAAGAGGGAGAGGAGGAAGAUGACGAUGACGACAAUGACGCGAUGAAGGGAGAGAAGGGGCGGGUGGGGGCGGGGCAUGGCGGGGCUGUGGGAGGCGGUCGGUUGGCGGCGCGCAAGGAGAAGCUGGAGGCGGCGUUCGAGGAGAUGGCGACCAACAGCCGGCUGAAGUACGCCAGCUUCACGGAGCUCAUCUACGCCGCGCUCAAGACGCUGGGAGGGUCGGCGGAGCUGCAGCAGAUCUACGACUGGGUUGGACGUGAUGAGAAUUGGAGACGGCUUGACAAGAAGUGUAUGUUUGAGAACAGCUCCUCCAACUACAAGAGCAACAUACGAAGCACGCUCUAUUCCAAUUCGCUGUUCAUCAAGCUUGAUGGUUCUACAUGGUCCAUUGCCCCCACUGAGCUUCAAGUCAGCAAAGGCAAAAAGGGGGCAGGCAAGAAAUAG